AUAAAUUUAAUGCCACGGAGUAUUUUAAAGCCAUUCUACAUCAGCUAAAUAUUAAAAAUAUGGGGUAAACUUACAUUGGACAUAAGUUUUAUAUGCUAUGCUUGUAAAACUGGUGACAAAGGUGAAUCAUAACUUCAGUGUGCAUGCAUGAGUUUAUGGACUUUCUGUGGGCGUUUUGCAUGCUAUAAAUGUGAUUCCUCUCCAAGUCUCUCCCUUAUUCCAGCAGUGAACUUUCAAAACUUUCUCAUUCGAUUUGAGCUUUUACUUGUCAAACUUACAUCCAUGGCAGACUUGUCUCGUUUCUUCCCCAUUUUCACUCUGCUCCUUCUUCAACUCUCGAGUUCAGGCAUUAUGACAAGGCUUGCAAAUGCACAAGCACCUGGACAGGGUUCUUGGUGCCUUCCAAGGCCUUCGACGAGUGACCGAGAGCUCAUGGCCAACCUCAUCUAUGCUUGUAAUGUGGUGAACUGCACUGCAACCCAACAGGGUGGCCCUUGCUUCUACCCCGAUACUCUAAUCAACCAUGCAUCUUUCGCCAUGAAUCUCUACUACCAGAAAUCAGGGGCAAACUACUGGAACUGUGAUUUCAGAAAAACAGCAGUUAUUGCAGUCACUGAUCCAAGCUAUGGGGAGUGCAUAUUUGAAAUAUCAACUUUAAAAAAAGAUGAGCCCAUUCUCGAGGACACCCUCAAAUCUGUGAAAGAGAGAGAGAGAGAGAGAAAUUCCAUUCCGUUCCAUUCCAUUCCACGAAACCUCCCGAAUGUUGAAGAAGACGGGGCACUGGUUCACCUUCAAGCGGCUGACCGCGAGGCGCUCGACCGGCGGAGAUGGCCGCAGCGCGGGGCUGCGGUGGCGGCUGAAGACCGCGAGGCGGCCGUCGAGGUUCCUGAAUUGGUUCCUGGACGGGGUUCUGUUCAGGUUCGUUUCGUUCGUGGAGGCCGUCGUUCUGGUGUCCAGGCUCGCCUUCUUCUUCCUCUGCUGCGGAUGCCGCUUCUGAUCAAUUUCACUACUGACACGAUUCCUCUUUGAAUUUCACUGUAUUCCUCUGAUUUUCCCCAUUUUAUUUAUUUAUUUUUUUUGUUUCGUAAUUAGUGUCAAUUUGCUGGCAACUUCGGUCGAUUGUGAUCUCUUUUUUUGUGUGUAAAUAUAUAAUUAAGCUAAUUUUGAUAU